UUUCAACCUGUUGAAAUAUUAGGAAAGUACAAUGAACGAAUUCUCUUGGUUGUAAACAUAGGAGAGAAGGUGUAUUACAUUUAAAAACUUACAAAACAAUAGUUUGGUCCAAAGAGAGUUAUGAUAGAGAAAGACAUUAUUUUAGAGAGAACUAGAAUUGAAACUGCAUGUCAGUGCGGAUAUAUUUUUGUUUUUAAUAUAAUAAUUAAAAUAUAAAAUAAAUUAUAAACAUAUAUAUAUAUAUAUAUAUAUAUAUUAACAAUUUUUAUUUAUGUAAUCAUUAUUUUAAAAUUUGUAUAUAUUGGUUAAUUGUUUUUGUUUAAAAGUUUGUAUUCUUGAAAUAUGUUUGUGUGACUAAAUUAAAUUAGCUAAUAUAAUAUUUUUAAUUUAGUGUAUUAUAUUUUAGUUUUGUGUUUUUGUUUUUACUAUAAAAAUCAAAUGUAGAAAUGAUACAACCAACAAAUUGUUAUUUAUUUUGUUAUCUAUAAAAACUUAAUAUGAUAAUUUUUAAAAGAACUAGGCUAUACUAUUUAAUUUCCAAAUGAAUUACCCAAAAAUACAUCAAAUCUGGCCUAGACUAAAAUAUGGUAAAGAAUAAGAAAAUAAUUGCAUAAUAUAAAUUGAUUAGACUUUACUGGAAAUGAUAUUGUUUGGAUUUAUAUUGUUUUUUGUUAAGAAAAUAUCAUAUAUGCAUAAAUUUAGAAUAUUUUAUUAUUAUUUUAGUUAAUGGUCUAACAUAUAGGCUUUUUUUUUAUGGUAGAUAAAAUAAUGACUCUAUUUUAAUAAUGUAGAUCGACAAAAUGAAACAUAUCCAAGUUGCAAUUGUGCGAGUGAAUGUUUUUGACCUUUUGGCAGUAUUGGACAUUCUUGUCCUUAAUAAAUGAAAAAGUAGUUUUAUAAAUAUUUAAAAUUUCAAAAAUAAGAAAAAUAUUAAAAAUAACAAUUGUAUUUUGUUUUGAAAAACACGAAAUCAUAUUUUAUUUUAUUUAUUUCCUACAUUGACAUAUAAUAUUAGUUCUGGUUAUUUAACUAGUUUAGAAAACAAAUUCAAUGUGUUUUACUGUGAUCUAUGUAUGAUAUAAUAUGUAAUCAAUAGUUUCUAUAUUUUCUUUUGUGAACGAAGUUUCUAUAUAUAUUAUACCCUUGCUAUAAUUCGUUUGCCUAUAUCAUGACUAGAACUCGUCGAUAUACUUUUAUCGUGUUAUAAUUUUAACUAUAUGGUCUACGUUAUUUUGGUUAUGUGUUAUAACAUAUUAACUAGGUGAUAAUCCGCGCCUUGCGCAGAGUGAGAGACUAUUGGAGAUUUUUAUUUUAAUCUUACGAUAUUACGAAUAACUAAGUUAUAUGCACAAAAAAUUAGAUCUAAUUGUUUGAUAUCAAACGAAAGUGUGAAUGUAUAUAUAAUAAACGAUUAAUUGUUUAAUUGAAAAGCUUGUGUGAUUGGUUAUGUGUCAAUUAGAUUUUUUAUGUAGAAAUAUAUAAUAGUAUGCAAUAAUCUCAAUUAACUUAUUAUGAAUUUAAUACAAAACAAAACAUUUGAAAUAGAUUAAUUGUUAUCAUAAUUAAAAUUAUGAUUACAAUUUUAAAAGGAAAAUAAGUAAUAGAAAAUUAAAAUACGCAAGAAACAAUUUAUAAAAAAAACAUGAUAAAACCGAAAUGCCACGAAAAAGAUCUUCAGAACUCCUGAUUUGCAAUCCUAUAGAGAGAAAUAACUAAGAGUUUACCGAACAGAACAUAGCUGAUAACCAAAUGCACUAAACUAAUUGAUAUACCUUUUUCUGAAAUCAUCAAUUUCUGGAACAUCAUUGGGUUCAAAAAUAAUUCUGGAAAACCCAUCAAUGUUGGUCACAUGCUUUAAUCGACCUUAAAAUGAAAAAAAGUAGGUGAGCAAAAUAUUAAGGGGAUAUCAUCUCCAACAAAUUUCUAUUAUAAAGUAAUACUAUAAAUUACCUUCUCUCCAAUUAAUUUUCCAAAAUUGUAACACACAGACAACAACAUUUACAUUUGUAGAAUUCCAUAAGUCUUGGAAAACAUGAGCAAGUGCUCCAUAAGCAACACACUUAAUGACAAUGUUACUGUCAUGAAUGAAAAAAAUUCAUAACUUAAAAACGUAUAACUAAUUAAAUGCGUAACUUUUAAGUUCAGAUGUGAAAUACUUACUCAAUGUUUACUAUAAAGAAACGGAUCUUAUGGUUAAUGAAACCAUUGUUCCCGUUGGUAGGUUGUGUCAUAUAUUCUUCGAGAAAUCCUACUCUUACUACAACCCCUUAAAUAUCUAUUUGAUAUACAAAAGAAAAAAAUAAAACUUUAGACAAUCACACUCAAAAUAUUGCCGAUUUACGGCUAUAAUUAAACUUGGCUAGUAAAGAAAACAAGAUCAGAUAUAAACAUACCAAUAGAAAAUUUAGGAUGGGCGAAUCCGCGGUGGAGGUCGUCAAACUUUGGAAAACAAUAAUAGUUGGACUUGAGAAAUGGAUCGAUCAUCGCAAUGAUAGAGGUCUUAUUGAGUUUGAUAUGGUAUCGGUUCUUUGUCAACCGAAGGCUCUCUGAUGGAGUUGUUAGUAUGAAAUUUUUAAUUUCAUAGCAAUGACCUUCCUCCAAUGGCAUUUCAGUUGAUGCAUCCAAAUCUCUGAAGAAUGUGGCUUGGAUGGUAUUACCCUAUUGAAAAACCAGUAAAAAUGCGUGAUUUAAAAACACAAAUAGUAGUAAGAGUAACCUACAUUUGUAACCUAUUUAAUUGACAAAACUUGGGCGAGAAGGUGUAUACUAAGACUAACCUAAAUUUGUUAGACACGAUAUCAAAACUUCCUAAAAUUUCUCUACAAAAUUUUGUAAAUGGAAUAUAGUCGAAUAUAAAUUGAUUUGCAAAUAUUGAAUCCAUAAUAAAAUUCCUUAUAUAAGACAAUCACACUUUUUGAUAAAGAAUACUAACCAUAAUCACCUCCUUAGUAAUUAACCGAAAUUAAGCCAAUUAAUCACCGCAUAUUAUUAGGCUUUUAAACACGAUUUGGUUACUAUAAUCGUAACAGAAAAAUAUAACAAAGUUAUUAAAAAUGAUUGUUUUAACAAUCACGAUAUCAUUUGGCCUUGCUUGCUACGUUUUAUUUAAUGCCAUAAAGAGUAAACAAAUAACUUUAAUAUUGAUUGAUUGAGAUAAGUUUGAAUUUGGUAGGCUAUAUUCAUUCUGAAUGUGUCCAAUUAAACAUUUGUGAUAGUAGUGUUUUUAUUAUUUUCAACUUGAUAUAGAGACGACAUUAUAGUUACAGAUCACAAAAUUUGGACUCAUACAAAUAAGAAAACAUAUAAAUGUCGUAUGGUUCACUAAUUUAGCUUGUCAUAGUCAUACAUAUAUGAAAAACAUUUGGUUAAAACAGAAAGUUUAUAAUUAACUUUUUAAUAGAUGUGUUAUUAUUUAGGUAAGCUUCCCCAGUUUGUGUGUUUAAUUGAUUGUUAUGAGGUACAAUUAUUAUGAACACAACUACUAUAGAUAUUUUCUAAUAUAUUGUAUUAGGAAGAUUUUAAUUAUCUGUUAUAAUAUUCCCAGAAAAUACUGAUAAUAUAUAUAGCGUUUUUGAAUGUAUUGAUAUGAAUAUGUUUAACAUAUUCACGAUUUGAAAAAAGUAUAUUGUAAUUGUUGUAUUAAUGAUAUAUACCAUAACCGAGUAUUAUAAUACAAUAUAUUAAAUAAACCAGAUUAAUUUUUAGUAUACUAAACAUAUAUAACUUUGCCUAGAGAAGAAUUUCCAUGUAUAUAAAAUGUAUGAGAUGGAAAAUAACAAUUUGAUUUCGUAAAUGUACAAAUUAGUUUUCAUAUGUUGUGUUUAUUUCAUUUUGUUAGGGAUAUAUAUAACCGGUUUGGAAUAAAACAAAAUUGGAACAUUUAUUGUGUAGCUCGUUCAUAAAUCAUCAUAUUUAGUGUUCAUUUAAAAUUGUUAUCCUAUUAAAAUGGGAUGGUCUAUGUUUUCUGGUUUGAAAUUAUGAAUUCGGAUUAAACACAUUAUGACAGGAAAUGAGAAUAUUAAACGAUAGAGAAAAUAUGCAUAGUUCAAUACUCCAUCCGUUUCAUAUUGUAAGUAGUUUUUGGAAAAAAAUUCAAAAUCUAAGUAGUUUUCAUAUUUCUAGGUAACUUUUACAUUUAUUGAAUAUAGUUUUACCAAUCAAAUUAAAUAGACUUAUUUUUGAUUGGUUAAAUUAUAUCUAACCUAUUUAUUAUACAAUACUUUUUAAAACAUAAUAAUCUUUGUUCAUUUAACCAAAACUACUUACAUUGUAAAACAAAGGGAGUAGUAUUUAUUUAGGAUAAACCUUUUAUAUGGAAUCGGUUUAGUCAUAGAGAGAAAUUAUUAAAAUAUUAUGAUAUAUUUAGAAAUUAAUAGUGGAGCAGUUUUUUUAACCCUGUGGAAAAAUUAUGAGAGUGCAAUUAACGAAAUCUCUUUGUUAUAAACAUAGGAGAGAUGAUGUAUUAAAUUUAAAAACUUACAAAACAAUAGUUAGGUCCAAAGAGAAUUAUGAUAGAGAAAGACAUUAUUUUAGAGAGAAUUGACAAAAUGAAACAUAUCCAAGUUGCAAUUGUCCCAGUAAAUACUUUGAUAAAUAUUUAAAAUUUCCAAAAUAAGAAAGUAUUAUAAAUAAUAAUAUUAUGUUUUUUUAAAAUUAAAUAUGAAAUCAUUUUAUCUAUUUCCUACAUUCACAUAUAAUAUUAAUUCUGGUUAUCUAACUAGUUUAGAAAACAAAUUCAAAGUUUUACUAUGAUCUAUGUAUGGUAGAAUACGUAAUCAAUUGUUUCUUAUAUAUUAUAUUCGUGCUAUAAUUCGUUUGCCUAUAUCAUGACUAGAACUCGUCGAUAUACCUUUGUCGUGAAUACGUGUUAUAACUUUAACUAUAUGGUCUACCUUAUUUUGAUUAUGUGUUUAACAUAUUCUAUAUUUAAUUCUAUGCUUUUCCACAUCGGUGGGUUCUUAGUUCUUACUCAGAAACCUUUGAUCCCUCCCUCAAUCUUCGUGUCAAGCUUAAAAUGACCUUCUUGAUCAGAUCUAGUAGUACCAUGUCUCAUACUGAAAACGAGCAGCCAAGAACAUAAUUCAGUCCAACAAGUUAAUUUAGAAGCUCUAAAGAAACUGCAACACCGUAAUUUCAACAACACUAAGACCCAAAAAGGCUUAUAAUUCCAAACACAAGCCACUAUGAAACAGGAUGCUGUAUAUGUACCUCAGUGUAUCAUUCCUAAAUGAGCAGUCAAUAACAUAAUUCAGUGCAAAAGUUACGAUAUAAUCUCAAAAGAACUAAACACAAGCCGCAAUGAAACAUGAUGUUGUACAUGUAAAAAUAACCAAACAGAAGCUACUUCCCAAGAACCAAAACAAAACACAAGUUACAUUCAAAGCUCCAAAGAACCAAACACAAGCCACUUCCCAAGCUUGGUGCCAUCACGCUGAGGCCGUUCCCUUGAAACGAGAUGCCGCUAAUGAAACACUCAUUACUUCAGGAAUUUGUUUAAAUGUUAGAAUUCCUCCAUCGUACUAAUACAGUCGAACAGCUUGCCGGGUUUCAAACUUCCUUUGAAUUCUGGUCAGUCAAGUCGUAAACCCGACUCCCAGAUACGGUUGUCACCUCGAGGCGCAGCAGGCACUUCACUGUAAUGAGGAAAGAGAAGAUUGAGAUAUAUCAUAGUUUUAUGGGUUUUUGAACAUGAUGUAGGCCGAUUUUAGAGUCUUUUUGAUCUUUUUAGAGUGUCUAUGAGUCUUUGUAGGUUCAUGUAUGUUUUGGACAAGUUUGGAGCAUUUAGAGCAUUUUGGAGCCUAAGGAGAACUGGAGCUGAAAACAACAAGUUGGGAAAAUUAUUGGACAUGGUGUCGACUGACGCCAAACUCUUUGGUGCCGACACCCAUCGUGUGUAUAGCAAUCUCCACGUUGCUUUUAACAAGUUUCAAGAAAUUGAAGAAUGGCUUAAAGUUUCCACUAUUUGCAAUCAAGUCUUUUUCGUGUUUUAGACUUUAAUUAGAUUUUUGAGAGUUAUUGUAUUAUCAUCACUCAUACUUUGAGAGAGCUGGGAAGAUUGUAAGCUAUGCAGAAAAAAAAACAGAAUUUACCUUGUAGAGAGAAGAAUUUGAACUCCUUUACUUCUUUUGAUUUCUUAAUGCAAUUUAUUCAUACUAUGAUUUUGUGUUUUGUUUCUGUUAUUUGUCUAAGUAAUUCAUUUGUUAUAUUUAGAGAUUUUCAAGGGUUAAGGAUGAAUUGUUAAACUAAAUAAAAUUGUUAGCGUAAUCUUAUAGUUCUUCAUCUGGAUUAAAAUUAAUGUUAGUUCUAGAUUAAUCACCUGGAAUUUAGAUCUUAGGUUAAUUGAUAGACAUGAAAUUGUUAUUGAUUUCCUUAAUUAAUCAUAGAUGAGAAAAUAUAUGUCUGCAAAUAAAUUUAGUUUAGGGAAUUUGUGAACUUAUCAAAUUCAUUCUCAAUGCUUGUUUGAACUGUAUAUGCAAAAAAAUAUGGAAUUCUAGGAUCUAGAUAUAGAUAAUCUCUGCAACGGAAGUAGAAUAAUUUGAAUAUUUUCAUUUGAGUUUAAGAACAGUUCUUAAUUAAACCCAUAGCAAUUUGUCUGGUCUUCUAUUAUGAAUUAUUUGUAAAUGUAUUUAAGUCCAGCACAUUUCCCAUUAAACUUACAACCGCUUUAGUUUGUCUUUCAUAUGCAUUACAUAUAUUAUUAUUUAGCUUAAUUAGAAAACUACAAUCUAUUGAGUGUUCCUGAGUCUUUGUAGAUUCGACACCUGAAUACUACACUGCCGAGUAACUCAUUUGGGAUAUAAUUUGAGCAUAUCAAAUCUGAUUUUGCAAUCCCACAAAAAGGUUCUCUUCCACAAAAUCUUCAUCAUCAUCCUCUUCAAAAACCUGUUCAUUACGUUGUUGAUCCCUCAGAGCUUGUGGUCGACCUUCCAUCAGCGUUCGUAAUACAGCCUCCAUCGAAACUCGUAUUGAUUCACGGAACUAUGCUCCCCGUAAGACCUCCGCUUGGUCAUCAUGUUGUUUAUGAGAAUCAUUCUUAAGAGGAAUGUUUAGGAUUCUUAAUUUGUCUCUCAUACCAAUUUUUUUUGUUUUAUAACCCUCUCAUACCAAUUGUUGCAGCAUUGUAUUGGGAUAAUCAAAGAAGCUGUAACCAAACUUUGAUUAAGUUCUUCUACGACUCAUUCGUAUAGCUCAAUAGGGAAAUAGAAUUGUGAGGCGAUUUAUCAGAGGAAAAAAAAGAGUCUCUUGCUUAUUAAAUAAAUAACCAAGUCUAAGAAGAACACAUACGUUCUCCUUUUAUUACACCAACGUAGUAAAAUCAUAAUCUAACGAGACUUACGAAAACUAGCGAUAACCUUAAGGUUGAGACAUAUAUUCAACUUGCGACUUCUCCUUAUUUAAAGAAAAUCGAAAAGAACUAAAAAAAAAGUCACAAGCUGUCAAUAAAUGUGUUACCCUCGCCAAUAGAUUGGCUACAUCAGAGAAGAACUGAGAAAACCCCAGAGAAACCCUAAACAGAGAAAGUACCAACCUCACUCUAUAGUCUCUCGGUCUCUUAAUCUCUAUCUGUCUCAAUGUAAACAUCUAAAACUUUUCCUAUUUGUCCACGUGUAUAUAUACCCUUUUUUUUGCUUGGAUAGAUUAUUUGUCAUACUUAAGUCAACUCUCUCUCUCGUUUUUCCCUUCAUCCGAGUCUCAGCAUUUUCCAGUGAAUUAUAUAAGCCAACAUUAUUUAAAUUAUUUUACUAAAGAAAAAACAUUCUUUAAAUUGAAAUGAUUCGCUGUCAAAUAAAAAAAACUGAAAUGAUUCAUAAUAUUACUUACAGAGAAACAAAUAGAAUUUAUAAAUAAUUUUGACCUUAAUUUAAAUUUCGAUGAGCUGUAAUUUAGGAUUUAACCCCUUUUAAAAAGAUUAUUUUUAAAAUGGUAAGAAAUCGACAGAAGAAGCCACUGAUAAACAUGUAGACUCUGGUGAUAAGCUUCUUCCAUUCGCUAGUGAUAAAAUCAAAGAAACAUAAACAUAAAUUAUGUAACAGAAGAAAAACAAAAGAAGACGAUCAUCACAUGCGUGAGUUUACCUUCCGUUUUUCACUAAAGGUCAACGUGACGCAUCAUUUUCAUCGGUUGUAAAGUUUCGCUCCUGGUGCUUCUGAUUGUGCAUUUUGACCUCUUUGAGGAGGUAUUUAGGGUUUUUUCUACAAACCUACAGAUCUAUGAGUUUAAGAACAAGCAUUAAUAGGAUUUUGUUGAGUAUAAUACCUAGAUUGUCUAUAACUCGUCUGGGUUUCGAUUUGAAAACCUAUAGUCUUUGUGUAGUAGUAUGCUCGGCUAAUAUGAAUCAUAAACCAACAUUAUUUAAAUUCUUUUACCAAAGAAAAAACAUUCUUUAAAUUGAAAUGAUUCAUGAUGUUAUUUUCAGGAAAACAAAUAGAAUUUCGAAAAUAAAUUGCGAUGAUCUGUAAUUUAGGAUUUAAUCCCUUUUAAAAAGAUUUUGUUUUUAAAAGGUAAGAAAUCGACAGAAGAGGCCACUGAGAAACACGUAGACUCUGGUGAUAAGCUUCUUCCAUUCGCUAGUGAUAAAAUCAAGAAACAUAAACAUAAACUAUGUAACCGAAGAAAAAUAAACGAAGACGAUCAUUACAUGCGUGAGUUUUACCUUCCGUUUUUUCAGUUAAGGUCAAGGUGAUGCAUCAUUUUCAUCGGUUGUAAAGUUUCGCUCCUGGUGCUUCUGAUUGUGCAUUUUUUGACUUCUUGUGGAGGUGUUUAGGUUUUUUUUUUCUGCAAGCCUACAGAUCUCUUUGGCUUUUGUCUGUGUAGAAAGUAGAAACUGAUUUUAAGAACAAGCAUUUGUAGGAUUUUGUUGAGUAUAAUAUAUGGAUUUAACUCGUCUGGGUUUCGAUUUGAAAACCUAUAGUCUUUGUGUAGUAUGCCCGGCUAAUAUGCUCGUCUUUCAUUAUUAUUUAUUAUUUAUUUUCAUUUUUGGGUGACACUUUGAUGACGGGAACAUAAACUUCUGCUAAUAUGUCUCCUCUUUCAUAGCAAUGGAAAAUUACAGGAGGGACAUUAUCAGCCAGUUGCCAGAUGAUCUGCUCUUAAGGAUACUGUCGUCACUUUCUCUUAAGGAAGUGAUGGCAACGAGUUUCUUGUCCCGACGGUGGCGGUCUUUAUGGAAGUUGGGGUCUAAACUCAAGAUUGGUGAUAAAGACUUCAGCGAGUUGCUUGUCAAAUGGGUUUCCAGAUCUUUGGCUAUUAGUAACCCUCAGAUUCUAAAGAGCUUGGAUUUAAAGCUUAUCCCAGGUGAACUUGAUAGAAAUAUAAACUCUUUUUAUAGGUUCUCCUCUUUGGUUGAAACCGCAGUUUCUUGCGGUUUGAGAGAGUUGAGAAUCGAGUUUCUUUACACAUCACUAGAACUGCCGAGUAUCUUCUAUGCCUGUGGGACCCUCGAAACCUUGAUACUCUGCAGGCUACAUUUCGCGGAUGUUCCGCCUAAUGGUUCCUUGUCGUCUCUCAAAACUCUUCGCCUUUUAUCCGUCAAGUUCUCACGCGACGAAUCUGUUCAGAAGCUUCUAAGCAUUUGUCCAGUUCUUGAAGAGUUGGUUGUAAGACGAUCCGGAUAUUCCAAUGUGGAGAUCUUCACUAUCAAUGUGCCUAGUUUGACGAGUUUAUCGAUUGAUUAUUUACGUGCGGGAUCUCAUCAACCCGCGGGUGUUCAUGGAUUUGUCAUAAAUGCUCCUACCUUAAGGUACCUGAACACUAGAGACCGUCACAGUAAUUAUUUGCUGUUCACAAAUAUGCCGGUGCGGGUCAAGGCGAAUGUUGAGGCUGUUUGUGAUCAAUCCGAGAGUCUAAUAGGAUCUCUUGCCUCAGUCCGCCAUCUCUCUUUGUGUUCUAAAUUUUCAAACAUUCCAUACCAUGCAGGCACUUCCUUUGCCUUUCUUGAACAUCUAGAGCUGUGUACUUGUUCUUCUGAGUGGUGGAAUCUACUUUCCUGCAUAAUCACAGACCCCCUAACCCUUCGAGUUCUCAAGCUUAAGUCGAUACAUCGCGCCCAUUAAUGGUUCAUUGGAACAAGCAGACUUUUGUUCCUGAAUGUUUGUUAUCGCAUCUCAAGAAUUUGGAAUGUAAACAUUUAAAGGCACAAAGCUAAACAAGUGGCCAAAGUAUAUCUUAGCAAACGCUGGUCUUCUGAAAUUAUCUUGUCAACAUGUUUUCGACCUUUUUUUAAUUGAAUGUAAAAUUGAUUCGAAUGAGAAACUCAUUUCUAUAUUAAGUUCAACAUGUCACUGAAUUUGGAGUAU